CCGUACUCGUUUUGCUAAACACGCCUCCAAUAUUUUCGGCACUCUGACUCCAGUAAACACAUGGCCCUGCCCAUCCCUCUGCGAAACUCAGUUGCGCCCACAGAGCUAGAGCUCAUCGCGUCAGAGCAGCUAAUUGAGAUCGUACCUCUCAUUGCCAUGGAACGAACAGCGUUCAUCUCCGGCGCUUAUGGACCACUACGACCGCCAACUAAGGCAAAAAUCCCGAUCUGGAUGGCAGUGAACCUCAAGUUGAAGAAGAAGUGCCACAUCGUGCCUCCAGACUGGCUAUCUGUUGAAUUUCUGCAAGAGCGGUUAACACAGGAGACGUCACGACCUGUGUUCAGUCAGCUACCGUUUCGAUUCGCUGAAGUGGCGAAGAUCCUGCUCGACGUUGCACCAGAUGACGUCCCAAACUCUGACAAAAUUCGGUCACUUCUAAAAGACAUACGAGAGGCCCGACAAGCCAAGAGUAGAGAAGGUCUCUCGAAGAUCGACCAUAGCGAACUGAGCUUACCGAACCUGUGCUCAAUGGAGAUCAAUGAAAUUCGACCGUUCUUCAUCCGUGCGAUGGGCGUGUUGACACAGAUCAAUCACGCUGAGAGGGAGGACGAACCAUGAACCGACGGUUCCAGGUCGACUGUUAUACUCUCGACGAUUGUAUUUCUUUCCUUCUCGCUUUUCUGUUUUGCAUGUACUUCAU